AUGAUCUUUGUCGCGCCCGUCGCCGACCUCGCCGACUCGGCUCGACACGUCGUCGCCCUGCGCUCGUGGAGGAACCCCUCCCAGCACGACUCGGUCCUCGUCUACCGCCGCGACCCGCACCCAGGCGCACUCAACGCACAGCCCGAGUUUUACAGCAUCGCCAACGAGUGCCCUCACCUCGGCCUGCCCCUCGAAGACGACGGAGUCGACCCUCGCACGGGCCCUGUCAUCAUCUGCCCGUUCCACAACCUCGACUUUGGCCUCGACACGGGCGCCUCGUCGAGCGGGAUGCGCGCCUGCACCUUCGCCCUCGAGGUCCGCAACGGCGGCGAGCUGUGGAUGGAGCCUCCAGGCGAUCUCGGCGACGACUACCGCGUCAUCGGCAUCCGCAGCGUGUCGGAGCGUGCGUCCUCGUCGCCCUCGUCGUGUCGGCCUUCCCAAGUCGUCAGUCUGAUCCUCUUGCUCCCCCGCACCAUCGUCGCCUACUGCCGCCACGUCCUCGUCGCGCCCACCCCGGCCGCCAAAGUCGCCCUCGUGCGCCGCCUCGUGUCGCUCUUCCGCAGCGGCACCCUCUCGCGCCUCGCCGACCCGUUGACCGACCCGCCGCACCCGUUCGAGCCGUACCGCGCGCCCACCGUGAAGACGGUCGCGUCGGGCCAGACGGCUCGCCUCGGACGUGGCGGCAGCGUAGAGAGCCGGGUCAGAUUGCUUCACGCGCUCGCAAAUAUCGAGCUCUUUGCGAUAGAUUUGGCGGUCGACCACAUUGGGCGGUUUUUCGACUGGCGCGUGGCGAGUUUGGACGGCCGAGAGGGCAAGCGCAUCGGGUGGGGGUUCGUGGGCGACUUCCUCAAGGUCGCCGAGGACGAGGCCAAGCAUUUCACGAUCCUCUCGGAGCGUCUCGAGCAGCUCGGCUGCACGUACGGCUCGCUGUCGGUCCACAACGGUCUCUGGGAGUCGGCGACGCAGACGUCGCACUCGCUCCUGUCGCGCCUCGCCAUCGUCGCGCUCGUGCACGAGGCGCGCGGCCUCGACACGAACCCGACCCAGAUCCGCCGGUGUCGUGCCGCAGGGGACGAGGAGACGGCGAGGGUGCUCGAGAUCGUGCACGCCGACGAGAUCUGCCACGUCGCCUUCGGCCACCGCCACUUCACCGCCCUCUGCGCCUCGCAGCUCCCCGUCCCGCUCGACCCCGUCACCCAGUUCCGCGCCGAGGUGCGGGCCCACUUUUUCGGCGCUGUGCGCGGACCGUUCAACGAGGCGGAUCGGGCGAGGGCUGGACUGGGCGGGGAGUGGUACGAGGGACUGAGUGGGAGGGGGAGCGCGGCGGCGCGCAAGGGCGAGGAGAAGGAGGCGGCGGCGCGGGGGGGAGGGAAGGAGGCCUGA